AUGUGUGAUGACGAACCAGUGCAGAUUGAUCUUGACAAUUUUCGUGAAGGUAUCAUAAUCGGUGGCGGCACUUGUGGUUUGGCAGUAGCAUCGCGGUUAUGCGAAAAUCAUCCCGGCUCUCUAUUCACUGAAGAUGAACACCAACGUUUCCACUGGUUGAAGCAACGCGGACACAAGACAAACAAGGUCAAGAGUAACUAUAGAUUUGACUACGACAAGUUUCGUCCCGAAGAUUUGCUUGUCAUUGAUGCUAGGGGUGAUAAUUUCAUGGCUCAAUGGGACGCUCAAUUCAAUGCAUGCCAGAUUCCGUAUCUAAGAUCGCCAAUGUUUUUCCACGUUGAUCCCAGUGAUAUUGAUGGUAUGAUUAGCUUUGCACAUUUGAAUCGCAGAGAAAACGAGUUGAUGGAGAUAACAAAUGUGGUUGGUAAAGAAUUUUCCAAGCACAAGCAAAAAAGGAUCAAGCAAAAGUUGAAGCUGAAUGAUGGUAUAGUCGACAUUAAUAUGCGUGAUUGGAAGGAUUAUUAUAGGCCAGGGACAAAUUUAUUUCAUGAUUAUUGUGAGGAAGUCGUUGAGCGAUAUGGAUUAAAGAAUAGCAUUGUGAAUGACGAAGUCGUGGACAUGGAGCACAAGUUAAUUCAAUCUGGCGAGGAAUUAGGCAAGGGAUUUGUCAUUCGUACAAUGUCGGGUAAAGUUUACGGCUGCAAAUUUGCGGUUGUUGCAAGUGGACAUAAAGGCAAGAUAAAUUACCCCCUUUCAAUAUGCCCCAAAGCACAAUUUCCCCAUGGUUCGUGUCACACAACCCAUUUGUUUUCUGACCAGGUCAAAUUCCUUGAUCCACAGUACUUUGCCAACCCCAAGCGCAAAAAUAUUGUCAUCGUAGGUGGUGGUUUGACAUCUGCGCAGUUGGCUCAUGUUGCAUGUCUCGAUUCCACAGUGAAUAAAGCUCACCUCUUGUUCCGCUCAGGCAUCAAGAUUAAACAUUUUGAUUUUCACCUUGAUUGGGUUGCCAAGUACAAAAAUGUGAAAAAGUCCAGUUUCUACAAUCUAGACACUAAUGAGUUGAAAUAUGAGAUGAUGAAUGAUGCAAGAGAAGGUGGAUCAAUUAAUCCCGAGUAUUACAAGAAACUAAAACAACAUGUCAAAAGUGGCCGUUUGAAUUGGUUGACUGAAACCCAAGUUGUGGCACAAGAGUGGGAAAAUGGAUCUUGGAGAUUGCUUUUUCAGAACAAAGGUAGCUGUGUUACAGCUGUGGAUGAAAUUGACUACAUCUACUAUGCCACAGGCAUUCAAGCUGACAUUGAAUCUUUGCCCUUUUUACAAACCAUGCUUGAUCAAUAUCCAAUUGACGUCUGUAACGGAUAUCCUGCCAUCACCGACAAUUUGCAGUGGAACAAAGAGGUUCCCUUGUAUGUGGUUGGUAAGAACGCCGCAUUGCAAGUGGGUCCAACAUCAGCCAAUUUAGAUGGCGCUAGGCUUGGAGCGGAACGGAUUGGAUGGCAUUUGCAGAACAUGAAAUUACAGGGUGAGUUUGAUUGGUCUCCGGUUAAAGUAGUUACCAAUGAGGUUAACAACUCCACCACAUUCAAUAAGCGCCUACAAUUGGCAGGUGGACUGAUCAAUUGGUUCGAACUUCUCGAAUUGGAUAAAAUAAACUAA